ACCUAUGCUGUUGCUGUGGGUGGAAUGCUCUUCUUCAGAGGCAGCAGGACUCAGUAAUGCUUUCCCUAAAGUGUAGCUGGUUGGUUUUAUUCUGGCUUGUGUGCAAAAGACAGAAAAUGAAUGUAUCCUAAUGUCUUAAAAUAUCUUCUGUGCACAUUAAUUUGAGGACUAUCUGUCCCUAGACGGAAUAAUUUUUCACAUUGCUAUGAAGUUUGGGUAGAGAAGACAAUGAAGAAUGUAUGACUGCUGAGAUGGAGCUCAUUGUAAAACAAACAAAAAUAACAGGAAGCAGACUUAGAAAAUGAAGCAGCAACAGGAGUUUUACUUCCAGUUUCCACUUCAAAUAUUGAUGGUCUUGAAAGUGCAUUUGGAUCACAGACAUUUUCCAGCACAGAACAAAUCAAGAGCUCCUCUCCUAUCUCAGAGUAAUAGAGACAGCUUAAUGUCAUAUGACCUCAUUUCUCCAAAUUAAAUGAAAGAAGAAUUUUCACUAGCUUUCCAUGAAGCUCAGCUAUUGCCUGUUAAUUUUGACUGUUAGUGCUGAUCUUUCAGUUGGAUUCACAGUGGAAAAUGUAGCUUUUAACAGGACAGUUGCUUUCGGGUCUUUCAAUGCAUCACUUCAUGCAGUGUCUCAAGCUUUAAUAAGUUCUCCAGCACACCAUGAUAUCAUAGCCAAAGAGGGGACCAGUAUUUUAAUUGAAUGUAAACUGAAUAUCAGCCAGUAUGAACAUAUCCUUUGGUAUAACUCCAGAGGACACCUGCUUGAACAGAAAGAUGAAGGUGACCGGUGGAGGAUUGCCGAUAACUCCCUCAACAUCACGAAGGUCAGCUUUGCUGACCGGGGCCGGUACACGUGUGCAGGCAUUAAUCAUAACGAGACCUUGUACUACACAGUCACCCUGAGGGUUAUCUUCACCUCAGGGGACAUGAGCAUCUACUACAUGAUUGUGUGCCUCGUUGCCUUUGCCAUCACUCUGAUUUUGAACAUCACCCGCCUGUGCAUGAUGAGCAGCCACCUCCGCAAAACGGAGAAGGCCAUCAACGAGUUCUUCCGCACGGAAGGGGCUGAGAAGCUGCAGAAAGCUUUCGAGAUAGCCAAGCGUAUCCCUAUCAUCACAUCUGCCAAAACGCUCGAGCUGGCCAAAGUCACUCAGUUUAAGACCAUGGAGUUUGCUCGCUACAUCGAAGAGCUCGCCAGGAGCAUUCCCCUCCCGCCUCUGAUCCUGAACUGCAGGGCGUUCAUGGAGGAGAUCUUCGAGGCCGUGCGAGUGGACGACCCCGACGAGGUGGGUAAGGAGCACAAGCAGCCCCCCGGCUGCGGGGCCCAGGCCACGCUGUUCCCCAGCAGCGCCGAGAUGAAGCGCAGCGAUUCCCCGGCCGGGGACUCGGACGAUGGCUCCCUGAGCGAGCAGGGCCAGGAGAUCGCCGUGCAGGUGUCCAUCCACCCCCAGUCCCAAGGGCAGAGCAUCGACACCGUGUCUCACGGCAGCUGCCACUCUGUGCCUGCUGAGGAAGGCGCCUGCUGAGCCCAGAGAUCCGCAGAGGGGCCGAGGAAGCUCGGGUGAUCCAAGGGUAGUGUGACAAAAAUGUCUGCAAACAAGCUGCCUCAGUCCCACGUGCACAAGAGUUUUCCAAGUUGCAAGGUGCCAGAGCUAGUUCUGAAGUGUGUAUUUUCUGUCAGAGUUGAUUUAACAAUUCCAGUCUGCUAGAAAAGGCCGUUUGGAAUAUUGUGUGGGGGCUUUUCUUUCUAAAGCAGGCUGGCUAUAUUUAAAACAGUUACAAAACAGGAAUUCUUUGUCCUUGGCUCCUUAGUAGUUUUUGAUACUUCAGAUCUAUGUAAGAAGUGACCAAGCUGAGCAGUACAACUUGCAAUAAGAACUUUUCCUUUGUGAGCUCCUUCUUUCUUCACAAAGUUGAGCUGAAAUUCCUUUGAGUCAGUGUUGUUGUCCUGAUGAAUUGAGUUCUGUGCUCUUUUUGAGUUGCCUCUUGGUGCGUGUAGCCCAUCAGAACCAUGGUGAGCUUGAACAAAUCUGUUUUGUGUCACGUGCUUCUGUGUUGCUAUCAAAAUGUACUGUACUUAGGAAAAGAAUAGUGUCAGGAUCUGCUGCUGGAUUAAAUGAAUUGUUGUAGUUUCAAAGCAGCUUAGAGAACAACCAGGUCGUCUCAGUUUUCUGUGCAUCUGCAGGAAACUUGUGUGCAUUCUAAAAGCUUUUUGCUUAAACUUGGUGCUGAUUGCCAAAGCGCCUUACCAUGGUCCUGUCCCACAGAACGGAGCAGUGACAGCACUGCUGGCACUGCCUGGCUUUUCAUUUCACUGAUUUCACUCACUAUAGAAAAUCCAAAGUUUUAUAUUGUAUUUGACGUUGUGGUGAGAAAAGGAUGACAGUAAUCACAUCGUGGCAAAACUAGUAAAUGAAUUUAUCAUCUACAGACAGGUGUCUCAGGCACAUCUUCCUGAACAGCAUCAUAACAAAGCAGGUGAAAAGUAGUGACACUGAGUCGCUCUGCUCUGGCUGGUCCUGUCAGAAGGCAGUGGCAGAGAGAGUGGGGGCUGGCUGAGCUGUUUCCAGCCACUGUUUGCAGGAGGGGACUGACUCACUGAUAGAGCCCAGCCUCGUGUGCUGCAGAGGUGCCAGAAGGGAGAGCUGCAGCUGCUGACAUAUGUAGACACGAGUACUUCACCAAGGAUCUCCCACCUGGCUUCCUCAGCUGUAGAGAUCCAGCCUCCAGGAAUCAGAGUGCAGACAAGAAUCUACCUUCUUCUACUCUUUGGUGCUGUUUUUUUUUCUCCUUAACAUUUGUAAGUUGUAUCACUUAAAUAGCAUUUUAUAUCAUGUUGAGAUUUAGUAGAUGUAAAGCUUGUAAGCACUCCACAAAUUAAUUUCUUACAACUACUGAAAGCAUAUUGCCAUAUAAUUUUAACAACUUGGCAACAGGAGCGCCAUUUAAUUUCACACAACUCUUUUUUCUUUCCUUAUUAUUACAGAAAUGUCAGUUGAACAAGUGAUUCUGGAGGGCUGCUCAGGAUUCUUAAGAGGAUUUGACAUUGCAUUUACAUGAGUAGAGGUGGAAAACAAGCAGGCACAGUGGUAAUAGCAGGGUGGGGCUGACUGUGGUAAUACAUGCUCAGAACAAAGGGGCUGAACGAAUUAUAGUUACCAUAUCAGAGAGAGGGGAAAUGACAGCAUCUAUUACCAUUUUAAACUACCUUCUGGGGAAAUUCCUGCAGUCAGACACCAGUUAAAUCACCCUAGUUGCCUUUGGCCUGUCGGGUAGGAGUGGUGUUAGUCAGGAAGGAAAUUGCUAGCCUUUAUUACAGUAACAUUCCCACCAGCUUGGUGCCAUUUCCAAGACUGUAGCAAACUUUGUCUGCUUCAGGGGAAUAAAAGCCUCUGUACACACUUCGAGUAGCUGCCUCAACAGUGACUUCUUGUUUUGCUUCCAUAGUUUGAUGGCACUUUAUGUCCAGGUGAGAAGUUUGUAUAGUGUUGUGUAACCUGUCUGGUUUCUUUUAAGUUUUUUGAGGUUAUCAGUGUUAAAAGAUACUCUGUGGAUAAAUACCUAUUUCUCUUAGAAGUAGGAAGCUGCUGGCUUCACUUCUGUGCUACAAUGGGUUCUGCAGGUUUGUUGCACAUGUGAGAGGGGAGAUUUGGGAGUUUGCACCCUUUUGGAUGUGCAGGUCCAAAGAGGUGAAGGCUACAAGAGGGAAUGAUCUGUUUUAAUCUCCUUUGUGCCACAGGCCAUCAGAAUGUACCCACACCUGCCUUAUUUCCAUAUAAACAGCUCUCCUUGCUUCUGUGGAACUGUUGCAUGAUAUGCAACAUGAUAUGGAUGUGUUACCCCUAAAUGCACACACAGAGAGAGGUGCCUCUACAAAAUCUAAACUAUUUAAUUGCUUCCUAAGAAGCACUUAUGAUUGACAGAUGUCACAUCAGAAGUGGCAGCUUACAGGCAGCAGAAUUACACUGAAGGUGUGUCAGAUGGGUGUCAGGAGAGCAGUUUCGAGACUGAUUUGAUCUCUUUUUUGAUUUUUAGAUUUUAUUUAUGUAGCUCCAAGUUCUUACUGAGCACAGUUACCUGGUGUCUUCAUACAUCCUAUUGCUGAUUGAGAGGAAAGAGUGACCAUGCAUAAAGGUCCUCAGAAAUGCAGUUGCAGUGUCAAUUGCUGGAUAGCAAAGCUGAGAGUUUUCCUGAAUUACUACAGUAUUUUGUUCCUUAAAUGAAUUUCAUUCCUGAGAAGGACAUUGUUCUGUAAGGAUUUCAGUAUAUCAGGAGUACCUUCUGAAUGUAGGAGAUGAUCCUACUCCCACUGAAUUCAAUUAGAGAGAAUUUGGAGCUCUGUGCAUUUUAUAGGAUUUUUAUGCAUCUGAAGGCAAGGAUGAUAGUGAUGUUAAAUGGUAAAAGUGAUUUCCAGAGAAUGAAAUUUGACACCAGUUUCCAAACAACUUGUGAACUAUUCUUGUUACCCUGAGAGUAGAUGUGUUCACUUAAUGUCUUUGAUGAAUCCAAUUGAACAUUAACAUUGAAAGUGUUUCUCUCUUAACUUUUUGUAGGAUGAGAAGAAUUUACAGUGGUUUCCUUGCUUUAAACUAAAGUCUCUGACAAUCACAAGGCUAUUCUAUCUCUUCUUUGUGACUUAUUUUAAAAAAUAUAAAAUCUACUUGUUAUCCAAGAGUACCUAAAACUAACUUUGUAGUGAUUAUUUGUAUUACCUGGAUUGUAAAGUAACUGUUUAAUGUAACCAUGUAGAAUUUCAUACUUUCAUAAAAUGAAUUGGUAGAUUUGCAAAAUAAAUUGAAAAGUAAAA